CAAUCAAUGCAACGCGAAGCGAAGUUCGGAUAAGUUUUUGCCUGCGCAGAAGGCACUUUGUGCACGUGUUAGAAACAAAAUUUUUGCUACGCGUCCCAAGUGAAUGUAGCAUAAUAAAUACGAGUGAAAUGUGAAAGACAUUAUGACUCUUAUGACACCAUAUUAUGAUCCUGUAUCCAAAAGUCCCUUCAGAAUAACAGCAAUUGCGAAUUUAAUAACAAAUAGUUCGAUGAAGGUGCAAUCAGGAACAAAAAAUAAUGGAAAUCAAAGGUUGAAAAUAAAAAUGCGCAGAUUCACUUUCAGAAGCAAUGGCUGCAAUUGUUUGCAACUAAACUGUGGUUGCUGUCUAGGAAUCAAUUUGUCACAAUUCAAUUUUAACAGAGAAGGUUGCAUGAAUUUCACUUACGAUCCAUACGACUUCUCCGUGACCAGCACUAUGUCGAUGAAUGAAAAUACAAUAUUUUCAAACACAUUUUCAGCUAAAAAUCCACCUCCUUUAUGCAUACCGGUACCAAUACCAUACAUUCCAAUACAAAUUGAGACUUGUGCCAGAAUCUACAACGUAUACACUCCAGGGCAAAAUUUGCAUAUGUGUUUUGAUUUCGAGACACGUAUUCAGAAAGCCACAUUGUUCAUUCUUCACUUCGACUGCAUCAGAAUGGGAUUGGAUGGAGUAGCACUGUUAAAACCUGACGAUAUGGGAGGUCUCUCAACGUCAACGGAAUACUUGAUUGAUUCGGAUAUAUAUGACGAAGUAACGGAAAUAAAAUUUAAAAGUUGAUGUUGGGAUAUAUAUUUUUUAUUUUUUAUAAUAGAGGGAUAACAAAUUGUUGUGUUACUAAAAUAAAUGUAAAUAAACUAGAAACUGUAAAAUUGGG